GUCGAGAUUCAAACAAAUUAUUUGCUUGUAACAAAAUUCAACUUUUUAUAAUAUAAUAGUUUCUUAUAGUUUUUAACUUUAGUGUAAUAAAAAAAACAUUUCAUCGAGAACUCGUUUCCAUUCCAUAGUUUCACAUUUGGAUCUGUCAAGAUGUCUACUAUGAUGUCAGUGAGAUUUCUUAGACAUUUUAAUGUCUUAAAAUCAACCAAACUUGUUUACCCUCAUAUGAGAUUGAUGUCCGCUCAGGCUCAACCCUUGGAACAAGUGAAGGAAGAAAAAAGUAACAAGCGAGAAGUAAAGAAAGAAAAACUUCCAGAAACUAAUUCAUUUAUUAUGAGUAUUUUUUCUGGACAAGCCAAUGUAAAUCAAGUAUUUCCUUAUCCUGAUGUUUUAACUGAAGAUCAAGUGGAAACCUUAAAUAUGGUCCGUGAACCCACUUUGAAACUUUUCAAUGAAAUGCACGACCCAUUAGUUGCCGAGCUAAACGGUAAAGCAGAUGAUAAAACUAUACAAAUGCUCAAAGAUAUGGGUUCUUUUGGUCUUAUGGUUCCUACAAAAUAUGAAGGCGCUGGCUUGAACAACACUCAAUAUGCUACCUUGGCUGAACUUAGUGGUCAAAGUGAUUUAGGAUUAGCUGUUACAUUGGGUGCUCAUCAGUCAAUUGGCUACAAGGGUAUUUUGCUCUUUGGUAAUGAAAAACAGAAAGACAAAUAUCUCCCUGAUUUAGCAACAGGUAGGAAAACUGCAUGUUUCUGCUUAACUGAACCAAGUGCUGGUUCAGAUGCCGGUUCUCUCAGAUGUAAAGCUGUUCUUUCUCCGGAUGGAUCUCAUUAUAUACUCAAUGGAAGCAAGAUUUGGAUUUCCAAUGGUGGUCUUGCUGAUAUCUUCACUGUAUUUGCCAGAACUCCAGUUAUAACAUCAAGCGGAGAGGAAAAAGAAAAGGUUACAGCAUUUAUUGUUGAGAGAGCAUUUGGAGGAGUAACUAGUGGCCCAGAUGAAAAAAAGAUGGGAAUCAAAACAUCAAAUACCGCUCAUGUUUAUUUUGAAAAUGUUAAAAUUCCAGUAGAGAAUGUGCUUGGUGAAAUUGGUAAUGGAUUCAAAAUUGCUAUGAAUGUUUUGAAUAGUGGACGGUUUGGAAUGGGUGCAUCGAUGAGUGGAACCAUGAAACUUUGUAUUGCCAAAGCAACUGAUUUUGCAAACAACCGAAUACAAUUUGGAGAUAAAAUUGCCAGUUUUGGAACUAUUCAAGAAAAGAUUGCAAGAAUGGCAUUAGCUCAAUAUAUAACUGAAUCGAUGACUUACAUGGUCGCUGGUAACAUGGAUAAAGGAUCAACAGAAUUUCAAUUAGAAGCAGCUAUUUCAAAAGUCUUUGGAUCUGAAGCUGCUUGGUUUGUUUGUGAUGAAACUAUUCAAAUUUUAGGAGGUUCGGGUUACAUGAGAGAAACUGGUGUUGAAAAGAUAAUGAGAGAUCUUCGUAUUUUCCGUAUAUUUGAAGGAACAAAUGAUAUCCUUAGAUUGUUUGUUGCCUUAACUGGAAUUCAAAAUGCUGGUUCUCAUUUGAAAGAAUUACAAAAAGCUAUGAAAAAUCCUGUUGCCAACUUGGGAAUGAUUUUUGAUGAAUCAACUAAAAGAGUUUUCCGGGCUGUAGGAUUAAGUUCAGGACCAUCUCUUACUGAAUUUGUUUCACCUGAAUUGGCUCCUUCAGCUGCUUUGGUAUCCAAAUCAGUGACAAACUUCGGAGCAACUGUUGAGCAUCUUUUAUUCAAGUACAACAAGAAAAUUAUUCACGAGCAAUUUUUACUCAAUCGCUUAGCUAACUCAGCAAUUGACAUUUAUUCAAUGAUUGUUACCCUUUCAAGAGCCACUCGCUCAGUCCAGAAAAAUUUCCCAUCUGCACAGCAUGAAGUAAACAUGGUCAAAGUAAUUUGUAAUGAAGCAUCAUCUCGAGUUCAUCAAAAUCUUGUCGCCUGUCGAAGCUCUGAAAAGUUAAAUGACUUGAAAAACCUGAAGAAAAUUUCAGAGUCGCUUUUUGUUAACAAUGGAGUUUCUCAUCGCCACCCUAUCGAACGAGAUUAACAAAAGAGUUUCUAUUUAAACUGAAAAAUUUUCGAAAUUUUAAAUUAUAUAUAAAUUUUUGUACCGACAGUUUUCGAGAAAACGAGGUCAAAGCACAAACUUUCCUAUGUUUAAUAAUUCAUAUUUUUUCAUAGA